AUGAAACCAAAGAGCAAACGUCAACAAACCGUUUGGAGGCUUGAGUGCGAGCUAGGUGUUAUUGCAGACUCAGACUGUCCCGUAGAUGGCGGCUGGUCGCCAUGGGAAGCGUGGUCUUCAUGCCAUGGAUCCUGUGACGAUAUUGGACACCGCAGGAGACGAAGACUAUGUAACAAUCCACCACCAUCGCAGGAUGGAAUACCUUGCACUGGAUUAGCCGAGCAAAUUGAAGCGUGCUACUUAAAUAAUUGCACUGUUGAUGAUUUCCGUAAACUCGUUGAAGACGAUGUGGUCAGAAAACGUGCAUUACUACAACUUGAAGUAGUUCCAGCAUUAAUGGAACAAUGUCUUCAAAUGGAAUGUCCAUUUGAAGGAAUCGAAGCAGCCUUGACUACUGAUAAUACUUGGAAAAUAAAUGCUGAAACGUUAUGGAAUGCUAUACAAUGCGUUAAACACAACUUGGGCUGUCCUACGGUUGGGGAAUGGGGAACUUGGGGUUCUUGGUCAGUAUGCGGUGCCAGAUGUGGACGGGGACUUCGCUGGAGACUAAGACGAUGUGACAAUCCACCACCUUCAGACGCUCAUUUAGUAUGUUUGGGCACCCCCUUACAAACUCAAGAUUGCGAGGGUGAUCAGUGUGCUUUAGAUCAAUUGGAUUCAUAUGAAGAAAAAAUUGGGCACUGGAGUGAAUGGGGACAAUGGAGUGCUUGUUCUGAAAAGUGUGGUACUGGAGUGAAACGCCGUAAACGAACUUGCAACGAUGUAAAUAAAGAAAAUUCGCUUUUGACUUGGGGAACAAACUGUCGUGGACAACAUGAUCAGGUAGAAAUGUGCAAAAAUCGGGUUUGUGUGCUAAAUGGAGGAUGGUCAGGCUGGAGCGCAUGGGGUCCUUGCUCCCAAACUUGUGGACCUGGGAGAAGAUCUCGAACUAGAUCAUGUACGAGACCAGUACCUGCUGGCCCGACAGCUGUCAAUUGUGUAGGGCCUAGAACAGAAGUAAGUUCUUGUCAGCUUUCAGCUUGUGAUGUUUUCUCACAUAAAGUAGCAGUCUUAAGCGGAGAGUCACACAUACACUACAAUUUUGAAAAUAAACGUUCUACUCUUUUUCAUUUCUAUAUCAGAUUUAUGCCUCUUUCUCCCCACGGAACUUUGGUUCGAAGAGGGAAUAUCCAUAAUCCGCUGGUUCGAUUGAGUUUACAAAAAUGGCAUAUUUGUUUAGACGUUAGUGGUUUAUCCCAUUCAUGCGAUUUGCCUCGAGUUUGUACAACCGAAGUUAUAGAACCAGCAACUUGGCACUCUGUCUUAAUUACGGUUACCAGUGACGCCGCAACUGUACGGUUAGAUGAUUCGCACAUUGCAAUCAGAAGCAUAUUUCCGUGCGAUCCAGAGUUACCUAAUGAUAUAGUUCAUAUUUAUAUAGGAGAAAGAUUGCAUGGAGAAAUUCAAGAGAUGAUGCUGAAUUUUAUUCCUUUGAGUAUGGUGAUCAAUAAAGGGAAGCGUAAAAUAUCAGACUUUUCUCCGAAUAUUGUUUCUAACGUUGCAUAUGAAAAAGCGAAUAUAGAAGAAGCCUUUUUGAAUUUGGAUAACGGACAAUAUUUGCGGCUACCGUGUUUUAACUCUCCUGAUGUUUGGAAAUUGCGAUUAACAGUAAAAUCUAAACUCGAUUCGGGUACAAUAUUAUUUUUGGAAGAUAAUAAAAACGGAAAUUGGGUGUACCUGGCUCUACAAAAUUUGAGAUUGAAAUUGAAAUUAACAAUGGGUGACUUACAUACAGAAACUAGCAGCUCCUCCGAUAUAUCUCUGGAUCAAUGGCUCGAUAUCCAACUUUCUAAAGAAAAGGGAACUAACACAAUCGAAGCCAUUGUAAACUCUGGAGAACGUCUUCAUGUCUUAUUUGAAAUUCCAAAUGAUAGAAAGCGGCAAAUAUCUGGUAAUAUGAAAAUUCAACAUCAACCUGGGAAACCAUUUAUAUUGCACGAUAAUACCACAAAACACGAAAAUCCUGUCUAUGGCAUCUGCAACGAUGAAUUUUUCGUAGGCGGUAUACCUGGUGAAAUAAAGAAAAAAAUACCAAACGAUUUGACUCCUUUUAAUGGCUGUAUUGCUUCUUUAAGUAUAGAUGGAAUAUUACAGGAUUUACAUAGCUGUAACAUAGAAAGGUACAUUGAAGACAAAGUUCAGGUGUCAUCAAGAACAGCUAGCGUAUCUGGUUCUUAUCACGAAACUGCUUGGGGAAACUCCAACAGUUUAAAUCUAACAUGUCUUCAUACUAGAAGCCUAACAACCCCUCAUUCUGCACAUUGGCUUUUUUUAGAUACUGCAGUGACAAGUACACUCAAAGAUAAGAAAAUACGUUCAGUGGAUGAUGGCAAAGUUUUGAGAUUAGUUGCUACGGCUGAUAAUGAACUCAGAGGUUUUUAUACAUGUCGAUCUCAUUCAAUUAAGCACACUCGUAAUAUAAUAACUUACGGAGUACUUGGUAAAAUAAAAUACAAAUUAUUUGAACCAGAUAUGACAACAAUAGUUGCUGUCUUAACAACAGUAACCCUUGUACUAGCCACGAUUUUAUGGCUAGUGAUUGAGGCUAUACACGAUCUGCGCAAUGGAUAUGGCUUUUUUCGAGACGCCCAUUUAUCUCCAGAAGAAGAGGCGGAAUCUGUAUGUAAAUUCAUUGACGCUAAUUUACACCUUAUCGGUUGCAAGACAGCUGCAAAAUUAGCUAAAGCUAGAGCGAGACGCAAAGCUCAGCAGUUAACUAGUAAGUUUAGUUUUGCCGCACAAGAACCACAAGGUUUGUUGCAAGAACAAAACUUGGGACAUGAAAACUUAGAUGAAAAUAUUACAUCUAGUGAACCUGAAGGGCUGCCAGCUUUGCCUGAGGUAAAGAGUACAGAUACUGAACAAUUACAUAAAAUAUUUAGAUCUGAUGUUUGCUAUACAAGUUCUCCUAAACAUGGAUCCGAUAUAUCAGAUCGUUCUAAGUUAUCGUCCUCAACGCUUGAUGCUAGGUCGCCUAGGUUUUUGUGCUCACAAUUAUUAAUGACAAAAAGAAUUCGUUCCGCUAAACAAAGCCAUUUAUUGAAAAGUAAAAGACAAGUAAGUUCGCCACGAAAAGCCCGCUCGAAGUUACUUACGAUUCAAUCAUCGGGAUAUGUAAAUCUAUCGCCAGUACAAAAAAUUUUACAAAAAUUUCAACAACUGAAAAGUGAUGACACUGUAGAUUAAUUUUAACAUAAACAUAUUAUUUAAAAAUCAAUUAACAAUAAAUUCUAUUUAAUUACGUUUUUCAUUUUAUUCAGGUUAAAAAGAAUUGUAUUAAUCCUAUUGAUCCUUAGACAUGGUAGGGGAAUGAAAGCCAAAAUGAAAAUUGACAAAAUAUGUGAUCUAUCACGUGUGCUGUACACACAGACACGAAGCUCAGUUUGAUUUAUAGACGGCAAACUAGUGCGAAUAUUUUAAAGAAAAAUAUUACAAAAACAUCACAUUUCUAUGAUUUUAUUGCUUAAAAUAAGUACAUAUCUAACACAAAAUAAUGGAUGUAACCAAUGCUAAAUAAUAGUUAAGUAAUAUGUUCAAAUAAUAAUAAUGCAAGGCCAAGUUGUACAGAUUUUGUUGAGGGCAAAAUAGAAGGAAUAAAAAAAAUUAAAGUGCUAACAAUACGAACAACAAAAUACUAUUGUCAUGACAAAAAUAAAGCAAAAAAAAUAAAUUUAAAGAAAUAAUAAACUUACAGUUUCCCAAAAAACAAACGAAGAAUCGCCCACAGAAUACCAGUCUUCUGGUUACGAUGUCCGUCGUAUUGAGGAUGAAUACAUUAAUCUUGAAGAUGUUGGUUUCUUAAGUAUAAAUGGCAAAAAUUGAA